UCCCUUUGAUUUUUGUGGAAUGUUGAUCCCAGGCUCUCCGGCCGGAGCCCUAAGUUCCUUUUCCCAGCAGUCGGUCAAGGUGAAAGAAGACCUGUCACUAAAACCCCUUUAGCUCCUCAUGCCGCGCCAGAGGGCCUUCAGCCUGAAAGUUCACCUGGAGGAAACAGAGGAGAAUUUCCAAAUAAGAAGCUGCCAUGGUAACAUGACGAUAGCGCAGAUGAAAUCCAAACUGGAGCUGAUUACCGGCAUCCCCACCAACUACCAGAGGCUCUACUACAUCGAUGAAGGAGAAAUGCCUGACAACGUCACCCUGAAAUUCAACGGCGUAAUCGGUGGUGGAACGAUAAGGAUUAAAACCUGGUCUCAGGAUGGUUUGCAGAAUCUGUUCCGAGCUGCUGCACUUGGCAAUAUCCAGGAGGUAUCACUGCCUAAUGCAGAACUAGAAAUAGACAAUCUUCUAUCCCUCGGUGUUACCAAGCACAGCAAGUAUUCCACUCCGAAUUCGCAGCGGAUGAAAGUGGCCAAGAGAGCAGCCUGGAUUGCAGAGCGUAAUUUCAUAGCCCUGCUUAUCGCCUCUCACCGAGGGCACAUGGAUGUGGUCAGGUUCCUACUGAUGAAUGGAGGUGAUAGCAUUCAAGCCCUGCCACAUCUCUUGACCAUCUCUCAGUGAUUCAAAUUUGGUCCAGAAUUGCCACUUCGCACGCAAGAUGGAUUUCUGGAGAUCGUACCUGGACCUCUAUA